AUGGAGGAAAAGCCAGGGCGACUCUCGAAGAAGGAGAAGCGGGAGAUCCGGUACGAGAGGAUGAAGGAGAAGUACCGAGAGAAAAGAGCUGGAGCAAAGCGGGGGAAGAGGAAGCCCGUUCCUGAGGGGCAGAGACUCUCUGGGUACAGGAUCUGGAUAGAAGUCCUUGGGGGAGACGAGCUGAUGACGCCUCGGGAGAUGCGGAGUCUUUGCGGGCAGAUACGGUACGCGUACGCUUCGAAUAGAGUUGCACCUUCUCCCGUGCAGUUAACGGUUGGGAAUAGUUCUCUUCUCUCGGGGUAUAUGCAGGAAGAUUCGAGUAACUGGAAGAAUGUGGAGUUUACGGGGAAGUCCGUGCAGGAGGAGGCUGCGGAGAGUGUCGUUGUCCUGUCAGCAGAUGCUUCGGAGGAGCUGCAGAGUCUGGAGGAGGGGACAGUUUAUGUGAUUGGGGGACUUGUGGAUAGGAACCGGCAUAAGGGAUACACGGAGAAGCUGUUUCAGGGCCGAUUUAGGACGGCUCGUCUUCCCAUCUCGCAGAAGCUUUCCUCCUCGAGUGUCCUGAGCACGCUCCACGUGUUCAACGUCCUCCUGGAGUACACGCAAACGAGGAGCUGGGAGGAUGCGAUUGAGAAGCACCUUCCCCAGAGGAAGAAGGCUUCAGAAAAGAGCAUUUUAGAGAGUAUUUCAGAGAGUACUUCAGAAAAGAAAGAAACUUCAGAAAAUACUUUAGAAAAGACUAUUUUAGAAGAAAAGACUAUUUUAGAAACUUCAGAAGAAAAUACUUUGCAAGAAAAAGAGACUUCAGAAAAUACUUUAGAAGAGAAAUAA